UAAGAGGUAGUGAAGUGAAGAUUCAUUUGACAUAUGAGGAUGGAUUUGGAUAAUAAGCCAGCCAAACCCUCCUCCAGUCUCUUCAAGGAUGCUCUAGCACAGGGGGUUUCAGUUUCAGCCACAUCAAAAGACAAUAUAAUCAACACCGGCCUCACCAUCAAGAUUGCUAAUGGCAGCAAAAGCUCUGGUAAGGACAUUUUGGCAUCGAUUGGCUCUAAAGUAGAAGAAUCGCUAUGUGCAAACAUAAAGAGCUCCAUUGAAUCAUCCACGUAUAAUUCCCCUUCGCUUGUGUCCCCACCUUCAUCAGCAUUUGUCUCAGCCUUGCAGUCCCCAUACAUAUCUCCAAGGGCCUUGGCACCAACAACCACAAAUAAUUCCACCCCGCCUGAGGACCCAGCUCCUCCGGCACAUCCAUCUCCACCGGCAUCGUUCCGUGGUGCCGGCUCGCAGUCAGAUGACAUCCCGAGCAGCUCCUACACUCCCCCAUCUGACCAAUAUGAAUUUUCCGAUGACCCAUAUGAUGCUAAGCUCAAAUUUGUCACCUGCGUCUCUGCCCCAGACCCGGCGCCACCUCGAGUCUCAUUCUCCUUCCCAGUCCCACGGAUUUCCUUUGGCAAAGGGGCACUUUCCCCGGCUGCCAAUGCCAAGCUGAGGAGCUGUGAUGUGUUCAUAGGCUUCCAUGGGCAGAACCCGAACCUGGUAAGGUUUUGCAAGUGGCUCAAGUCAGAGCUUGAGCUCCAGGGAAUUGCUUGUUUUGUGGCCGACAGAGCUAGGUACUCAGAUGGUCAGAGUCAUGAGAUUGCAGAUAGGGUGAUUCGCUCAGUGACAUUUGGAAUAGUGGUUGUUACCAGUUCCAGCUUUAUGAAUACUCUUAGCUUGGAGGAGAUCAGAUUUUUCGCUCAAAAGAAGAACUUGGUUCCAUUGUUCUUUGACACAGGCCCUGCUGAGGUUACGGGCCUACUCAAUUCUGAUACGACUGAUAAAGAGUGCAGAGAAGCGAUUGAUGGACUAAUCAAGUGCCACGAGUUCAAGCUAGAAGCUAAUGAAGGCAAUUGGAGAAGCUGCAUUGGGAGGGCGGCUGGGAUGUUGAGAGCGAAACUUGGGCGCACAAGCGUGGUCGAGAAGGAUGUUGAAGCAUUUGAGGAGAUACCCUUCCCAAGAAACAGAUAUUUCAUCGGAAGGGAGAGAGAACUCACGGAGAUUGAGAACGCUUUAUUUGGAUCUGGGGAUUGUUUCGAGCAAGAUUACACGACGUCCAUCAAAGGAGAAGCGAGUGGACAAUCUGAAGGGCUUGCAGAUGAGGAGAGUGAAACAACUACGACGAGAGGAGGAAGAUUCAUUAGUCUAGACGUGGGGAAGUGCAAAGAACCAAAAUUGGAGGCUUGGGUAGAGCCAGUUCUGGGAAGGAACUCUUUGAAGAGAUUGAAGUACAAGAAGUCGAAGAGCGGGAGCUACAGAGGCUUAGGCAGCAGUGUGGUCUGCCUCAAUGGCAUUCCUGGCAUCGGGAAGACAGAGCUUGCUUUAGAAUUUGCUUAUAGGUACUCUCAAAGAUAUAAAAUGGUCCUGUGGGUGGGUGGAGAGGCUCGAUAUUUCAGGCAAAACAUCUUGAAUCUGUCGCUUAAUUUGGGCUUGGAUGUGAGCGCCGAUGCUGAAAAGGAAAGAGGACGUAUCCGAAGCUUUGAGGAGCAAGAAUUUGAAGCAUUCAAAAGAGUUAAAAGAGAGUUGUUCCGUGACAUGCCUUAUUUGCUAAUCAUCGACAAUCUGGAAACUGAGAAGGAAUGGUGGGAAGGUAAAGAUUUACACGACUUGAUUCCAAGAAACACCGGGGGAUCCCACGUGAUCAUAACGACGCGGCUACCCAAAAUAAUGAACUUCGAUUUGAUACAGAUUCCGCCUCUGCCUUUGUCUGAUGCGAUGAUCCUAAUGAAAGGGAGAAAGAAGAGAGACUAUCCAGCUCAAGAGCUUGAGGUUCUGCGGAAGUUUGAUGAGAAGCUAGGGAGGCUGAGUUACGGUAUGUGGAUUAUCGGAUCAUUACUCUCUGAACUUGCCAUUUCCCCAUCUGCGCUCUUCGAAGCAGUGGACCAAGUUGCACUCGAUGGCUCUUCUAGUAACACUUCCUAUGUAAGCCUUAGCGAUGACCAAUUCUGCAAAAACAAUCCCUUCCUCGUCAAAGUCUUGUUCUUUUGCUUCAAUAUCUUAGAGCAAACCAGUGUGAGGAGGAACCUUAUGGCGUCAAAAAUGCUACUUGUUGGUGCUUGGUUUGCCCCGGCACCGAUCUCAGUGAGUCUGCUCACCUCAGCUGCUAAGAGUAUGCCAGCCAGUGGAAACCAGUUCAAUUGGACCAAGUUGUUCGGUUUCAGCUGCUGUUUAGCACCGAAGACCUGGAAAAGCGAGGAAGAUUCAGCAGUCCUUCUAGUGAAACUUGGGCUGGCGCGAACAGCUAAUAGGCAACCAGGGUAUUGGAUCCAAUUCGACCCCAUAACUCGACUGUUUGCACGAAGAAAAGACGGUUCUCUUGCUGCGAAAGCAACAGUUCAAGGCCUGAGAAAAUUCGGCAAUCCAGUUCUGAACUCGGAUCACCUCUGGUCUUGUGCAUUCCUAGUCUUUGGGUUCAAGUCUGAGCCCCCUCUAGUCCAACUCAAGGCAAUCGACAUGGUUCUGUUCAUUAAAAAGACGGCCUUGCCCCUGGCAAUCAGGGCAUUCACAACAUUCUCGAGAUGCAACUCUGCGUUGGAGCUCCUAAAAGUGUGUACAAAUGUGCUUGAGGAAGUGGAGAAGUCGUUUGUGUCCCAAAUACAGGACUGGUGCCAUGGCUCACUCUGUUGGAAGAAAUCCUUGAACCCAGGAAGCCAAAGGGUAGACGAGCACGUGUGGCAGGACGUGACGCUUUUGAAAGCCACGCUUUUGGAGACCAGAGCCAAAUUGCUACUGAGGGGCGGUCACUUCGACAGUGGUGAAGAGCUGUGUAGGACUUGCAUCAGUAUUAGGACGGUGAUGCUCGGGCAUAACAAUGCCCUGACCCUCGCUGCUCAAGAGACAUUGGCCAAGCUAGUGAGGAUGAGAAGCAAGAUCUGAUGCUCAGGCUCAACAAAAAAAUAGAGUUAUGUUCAUGGUCUGUUGAGCUCAGUUUUGUUGUGAAAAACACUGUAAUCACGUUAGUUUAGAUGCAAGAUCAUCAGGAGUCCUCACUAACGCUUCCACCGUUGUCAUACAUUUCUUUCACAUUCACGAGAACAGUAGUUUUUCGUUCA